AUGGCGGAUCAGGCCAUCGGAAAUUAUUAUCAGUCUGAUAAUCGCUUCUCUCUCUAUUCUCCUGAAUGUCAAGUCAAUGACCAACGCAUACAGCUGGAUGGAUACCCCGCCGUCUACUCCCUUAGCUGGCCUUAUAUUCUACUGCGUCGAUCAACAUAUGUUCGCGUGAUAGAUUCAAGCCCUACCAUUAUGUACGAAGAUCGCGCAUCAGAACCUCACGUCGGACAAUCGUCGACAUCCCCGGAUAUAAUUCCCCGACGGCGCAGACCAGCUCUUUCCUGCACAAUUUGCAGACGUCGUAAGCUGAAAUGCGACCGAUCAUUACCGUGUACACAAUGCGUUAAGUCGAAGACUCCCGACCUUUGUGUUUAUUCUGGACCCGCGCCCGCCCGGCCGUUAGAUUCUCGCCCUACUCACAACCCUUCCGCCCGAGCCAGUGUGCCUAGUAGUCAGCCCAGUCCAGCCCACAGUGGGCUCUAUGUGUUUGACUCGAAGCACCAUUCAUCAAAUCGAAUCAACAAGCCUAAAGGACGGCCCGAAGAAGUGCAAGAGCUUCGCCACCGCGUGCAGGUGUUGGAGAGUGCAUUAUCCAGAGCCGGGUCGAUCCAAACGCCAGAUAGCUCGGCGUGCGAAUCUGUGUCAGACUAUGGGCCCCGAAUCGCCUCGGAUUCGCAAUAUCUUAGCGAUGAUGUGAAAUAUCUACCAGAGAGAGCAUGUUUUAGAGGAAAGAAUGGGAAGACUAGAUACUGUGGACGCUGUCAUUCAGCUUUAUCCUUUUCAUUUUUCAAAGAUGUUUUGUCCUAUUUUCAAGGCCGACGCACGCAGAAGUCCAAAAGCGCGGAAUAUCUCAAACUGAAGAAAUUCAGGGGUGAAACGCUAUCUCGAGAGAAGCGAGAUCAUCAGCGUGCCUACCGUGAAAAAGCUUUCACGCUGGAAGAAAUGAUCCCACACCGAAGAGUCGCAGAUGAGUUAGUCAACCUGUACUUGUCCACCUUUGAGACGACAUAUCGAGUCUUGCAUGUUCCAACAUUUCGCAAGCAGUAUGAGGCAUACUGGACGGGCAAGGAAACCACGGAUAUGGUCUUUGUUGCCAAGCUCCUGGCGGUGAUGGCUGCUAGCAGCUGCUUCUUCAGCCCGACAACAAGACUGAACGAGACAGAUACUUUGCACAGUGCUGCGGGAGGGUGGAUUAUGGCGGUACAAUCAUGGAUGGCUUCCCUCAAUGUUAGUUCGACAAUUGACUUCAACAUGCUGCAGAUUCAGUGUAUCUUGAUCCUCGCACGCCAAGCCGACGCCACAGAUGGGGAUGUUGUCUGGAUCUCUUCGGGCUCUCUUAUCCGUUCUGCUAUGAUGAUCGGGCUGCACCGUAACCCGGCGCGCUUUCCUAAAAUGACUAGGUUUUGGGCCGAGAUGCGUCGUCGCCUGUGGACUACCAUUUUGGAGUUGGAUCUGCAGUCAACAUUAGAUGGAGGAAUGCCCCCUUCAAACGACUUGGACGAAUAUGAUUGUGGCCCACCAUCCAACUAUGACGAUGAAGACUUGGCGGAGGAUAUGACAGAAGAAGUUAUUCCGAAGGACACGGCGGUGGUGACGCGCAGCAGUUUUCAGAUUCUACUUUGGCGGUCGUUAGCAUUGCGCGUUCGCAUAGCAAAGUUGGUCAAUAGCCUGAAAUUCACCUUGUCUUACGAUGAGGCGUUACGCCUGAGUGAACAACUAGUUCAGUAUAGGGACGAUGCAUUGGCUUUGUUCUCUGAUAAUGCACCCACAUCCAUGCCUCCUGAGAGUCUGCAGUUUACCCGAUCGUUCUUGGUGUUCAUCAUGAUCAGGUUUUUACUUGUCCUUCACCGCCCGUUCUCUCUCAGUGUACAACUGUCACCAAAAUUCUCCUACUCACGGAAGAUUUGUCUUGAAUCGUCUUUGGAAAUGCUUUCUCAAUUGGAUGCUCCCGCCGUUAGCCUCCCAGAGGCACAGGCAUGUCCACAUCUGGGACAGCUAAGUGGAGGUAUGUUCCGCGACGAGUAUUUUCAUGCCGCUAUCACAGUCUGCGUUGAAGUUUUCCUACAGGCCAACGAGUUCUCAUCUUCAAAGCAGUCUCCUGGCCAGCCCAGCUCACUGAGUUCUCUGAAUGAUUUGGUACGGUCCCAGCAGGACGUCUUGGUCCAGGCUGUGGAGCAUACACUGGAUACCUUUGGCAACCGGAUAUCCCCUCGAGGAAAAGGCUGCAAGGCAUUUAUCUUCCUUGCUAUGGCCCUAGCAUCUGUUAAGGCGCAUCUGAACGGCGAGGACGGUGUCAGAAAAGUCGAACAGGUGGCUACAAAAUCUAUUAAGAACUGCGAGCGGAUGAUUCGAGGCGAGGCAUGGACGGAUAUCCGGCGAGAGGGCCCUGUGGUUCCGGAUGUCUCUACGCCGAGUUUGAAUUCCGCAACACCUGAGAUGCCGUUCGAUCCUGCAUUAGUUCCGUACGAGUCAGCGUCUAUUUCCCCUCUUGACUUUGGAAAUUUAUUUGACACGGCGGAUUAUGGGUUACCGGAAUUAUGGAGCAUGGACUUUCUAACGGGGUUUUGA